CUGACUUGUGUUGUCGGGGCAUCGACCCAGCAGGGAGGUGCAGGCAAAAAUAGUGCCCCGUCGUUGGUGUCAGUGGGAGGAAUUGUGCCCCAUCAUUGGUGUCAGUGGGAGGAAUUGUGCCCCAUCAUUGGUGUCAGUGGGAGGAGUAGUGCCCCAUCUUUGGUGUCAGUAGGAGGAAUAAUACCCCAUCAUUGGUGUCAGUGGGAGGAAUAGUGUCCCAUCUUUGGUGUCAGAGGGAGGAAUAGUGUCCCAUCUUUUGUGUCAGAGGGAGGAAUAGUGCCCCAUCAUUGGUGUCAGUGGGAGGAAUAGUGUCCCAUCUUUGGUGUCAGAGGGAGGAAUAG